AUGUUUCAACGGAAAACUUUACAAAGACGGAACUUGAAAGGGCUUAACCUCAACUUGCAUACAGAUGUGGCCAGUAACGGAAGCCUAUCGCAAGAAAAGAUAGAAGAUCACCAAGAACAUUCCCGAAUAGAAAGCCACGUGAUGUCGCACAUUAAUGCGAUACAAAAUAAGAGCAAUCUGUUUUUGCGCAGAGGUAUAAAAAAAAAUCUGACGUUGGAUGCGUGUAUGGAUGAGCAAGCAAUAUCGAAGCCAAGCGCCGUUGUAAUACAACAACCGCAAAAUGAACCCGUGUUGAUUUUAUCCUCUUUGUCGCAAUCUCCAUGCGUGUCAUCAUCCUCAUCUUUGUCUACACCGUGCAUUAUCGAUGCGUACAGCAGUAAUUUUGGAUUAUCACCAUCAUCCACGAAUUCUACUCCCUCUACAGUGCAGGGAUUGUCCAAUAUGACCACACCCAUUGAUAAUGAGCAUUCUAUAUCAUUACCUCCCUUGGCGGAAAGCUUAUCGCCAACAACAGCAAAUUUGCAAGAUACUUUAUCGGCAACAUCGAAUGAUAAUAAUAUCCAACUUCAAGAUUUGGUUCAAUUGGGGAAAAUUGGUGCCGGGAACUCUGGAACCGUGGUGAAAGCAUUACAUGUUCCUGAUUCUAAAAUUGUUGCCAAAAAAACAAUUCCUGUGGAACAGAAUAACAGCACAAUUAUCAACCAAUUAGUUAGAGAAUUAUCUAUCGUCAAAAAUGUCAAGCCUCAUGAAAACAUCAUCACCUUUUAUGGGGCAUAUUAUAACCAACACAUAAACAACGAAAUUAUAAUUCUAAUGGAAUACUCAGAUUGCGGUUCUUUAGAUAAAAUACUAUCUGUUUAUAAAAGGUUCGUUCAAAGAGGAAGUGUCUCGAAAAAGAAGACUUGGUUCAAUGAACUUACAAUCUCGAAAAUAUCGUACGGCGUGCUCAAUGGACUAGAUCAUCUGUACCGACAGUACAAGAUCAUUCAUCGUGAUAUUAAGCCUUCCAAUGUCUUGAUAAACAGUAAAGGACAGAUUAAGUUAUGUGAUUUUGGAGUGUCCAAGAAACUAAUAAAUUCUAUAGCUGACACAUUUGUUGGCACUUCCACUUAUAUGUCACCAGAGAGAAUACAGGGGAAUGUUUAUUCUAUCAAAGGAGAUGUUUGGUCGUUGGGGUUAAUGAUUAUCGAGCUAGUAACUGGGGAGUUUCCCCUAGGUGGGCAUAACGAUACACCCGAUGGUAUAUUAGAUUUACUGCAACGUAUUGUAAACGAGCCUUCACCAAGAUUACCCAAAGACCGUGUCUUUUCCAGAGAAAUGACAGAUUUUGUUAAUAGGUGUUGUAUCAAAAAUGAAAGAGAAAGAUCGUCGAUCAAUGAACUACUACAUCAUGACCUUAUAAUGAAAUAUGCAUCACCGUCCAAAGAUGAUAAGUUUAGACAUUGGUGUAAAAAAAUAAAAUCCAAGAUAAAGGAAGAUAAGAGAAUCAAAAGAGAUGCAUUAGACCGUGCGAAAUUGGAGAAGAAGCAAUCAGAUAAUCCAACACAUUGA